GAGCUUCAUAGUGUACGUUACAUAGGGACAGACUGCACAAUCGUUAUAGUACAGACCACUGGAUUCACGUGAGCAGCCAUGAUUAGACGGUUGUUGGCGAUCGCGCUGGUCAUCACCGGGAGCAGUGCCGGAGGGCUGAGUUUUCUGGACCCAUUCUCGGACGAAGUUAUCAACUUCAUCAACGCGCUCAACACCACGUGGAAGGCCGGCAGGAACUUCGCCAACGACGUUACAAUGCAACACUUCGAGAAUCUUCUUGGGCUGCUUGAUGCGACGGAGAACGACACGAUGCCCAUCAUGGAACACGACCUUUCUCUGGAGCUUCCGGAGUCCUUCGAUGCUCGGGACCACUGGCCUGACUGUCCAACGAUUGGACUCAUCCGCGACCAGAGCGGAUGUGGAUCGUGUUGGGCGUUUGGAGCGGCGGAAUCCAUCUCCGAUCGCAUCUGCAUCCACAGCAAGGGCCAAGUCAAGGUGAACAUAUCAGCAGUGGACCUCCUGUCUUGUUGUGAGAGCUGCGGCUACGGAUGUGAGGGGGGUUACAUGAAUAAGGCGUGGCAGUACUACCAAGAUCAGGGCAUCGUGACCGGUGGCCUGUACGGAACGGACGACGGCUGCAAGCCGUACCCUUUCCAGCCCUGCGAGCACGGGGUGUCGGGACCACUGCCCCAGUGUCCGAUCUACACGCCGAUGACGCCAGAGUGCAUGCAUUCCUGUCGACAAGGGUACGAACGCAGCUACAAAGACGACAAGUACUACGCGGAGACGGUCUACCAGGUCCGCAACGACGAAAGGCACAUCAAGGCCGAGAUCUUCAAGCACGGACCCGUGGCGGCGGGCAUGGACGUUUACCCCGAUUUCGCCCACUACAAGAGUGGUGUUUACCAGCGCGUAGACCCCGGGUGCAGCAAAAGUGGUAGCCACGCCGUCAAAAUUCUGGGCUGGGGUUCCGAACAGGGCGUUCCCUACUGGCUUGUAGCCAACUCUUGGAACACCGACUGGGGUGACAAUGGGUUCUUCAAGAUACUUCGGGGAAGCAACGAAUGCCGCAUCGAAGAAAUCGUCUUCGCCGGAAUUCCUAAGUCGAGCAUUUUAAAAGCCAUAUCUGAAGGGUCAAGGUCUCCCGAACCACUAAAUAUUAAAAAUGUGAAAAUGUUAGCAUAUCCUCCCCAGAGUAUGUGGAAGCGUGUGCUUGCGUGCGCAGUGCUUGUGGCGGUCGCCCACGGUCGCCGUUUCUAUCCAAUCAAUUUUAGGCCUGUGUCCGACGGCAUGGUGUCCUUCAUUAACAAGCUGAACUCCACGUGGAAGGCCGGGCCAAACUUCAACAGGAACGUCUCGCCCAUGUUCCUGCGGGGACUCCUGGGUGUUCACCCUGACAACCGGCUUCACAGGCUGCCUGCCCUUCACCACACUGAGAUUCCAGAGGACCUGCCCGAAUCCUUCGAUGCUCGCGAAAAAUGGCCACAGUGCACAAGCAUCGGACUCAUCCGUGAUCAGUCAAGUUGCGGAUCUUGCUGGGCCUUUGGAGCCGUCGAAGCCAUAUCUGACCGCAUCUGUAUCCACAGCCGGGGCAAGGUGCAAGUGAACAUCUCUGCACAGGACAUCCUCACGUGUUGCGCCAGUUGCGGUCGCGGCUGCCUGGGAGGUUUUCCCUCGUCUGCUUGGCAGUUCUACAGGGACCGGGGUAUUGUCACAGGAGGCCUGCACGACACCGGUGACGGUUGCCUACCAUACGUCUUCCCUCCUUGCGAGCAUCACACCGUCGGGCCGCUGCCCAAUUGCAGCGAGAACAUCUCGCCGACACCCCGCUGCGUGCACACCUGCCGCAAGGGUUACGAGGCGGACUACAGCAAGGACAAGUACAAGGGGGAAAGUGUGUAUUCCAUAGAGGCUGACGAGACGCAAAUAAAGGCCGAGAUAUUCAAGAACGGUCCCGUGGAAGCGGACUUCGAUGUCUACUCCGACUUUUUCUCUUACAGGAGCGGGGUUUACCAGAGGCUUAGCAGUGACUAUCAGAGUGGACACGCAGUCAAGAUCCUAGGAUGGGGCACAGAAAAUGGCGUGCCCUACUGGCUUGCAGCGAACUCAUGGAAUCCCAACUGGGGCGACAAAGGGUACUUCAAAAUUCUUCGUGGAACCAAUGAAUGCGGAAUAGAGAACGACAUCAAUGCUGGAAUCCCCAAGCAAGGCUCAUCGAAGGACAAAUAAAUG